AUGGCACCAAGUAAGCAAUGGAUGCAACUUGUUGAUGAUCGACUUAAUGAGGCCUACUUUAUCAGGGUGGAAAAUUUUUUGAAUUAUGCUUUUCAAAGGACAGGAGAAAUGUAUGAAAUACGAUGUCCGUGUGUUAAAUGUUGUAAUACCACAUUAGGAACACGUGAGACAGUUAGAACACAUUUGAAAGUAUAUGGAAUAAUUAAAAAUUAUACCUUUUGGUAUCAUCAUGGGGAAGUCUUAGGUGAGCCAGAAUCACAAUGUGAAGAUGAAGAUGAUAAUGAAGUAGAAAAUUGUGAGAAUGAGGAUGAAAUACGAGAAAUUUUGAGAGAUUUCUAUCCUAAUCAUUAUGGACACACUUUAGAUGUUGAUUGUGAUGAUUCACUUGAAGAGGAACCAAAUGUUGAAGCCAAAAAGUUUUAUAGCCUAUUGGGAGACUUUGAGAAGCCACUGUAUCAAGGUUCAAAAAUUUCGAAACUUUCAACUUUGAUUAAGUUGCUUCACAUAAAAAGUAUGGGUCGUUGGAGUAAUGAGUCAUUUACAAUGUUGUUAAAAAUGUUAAAAGAGGAGUUGUUGCCAGAUGAAGCCGAUUUGCCAAAUACAUAUUACGGGGCAAAGAAGGUAAUUCGAAAUCUUGGGCUUUCCUACGAAAGAAUUGAUGCUUGUAGAAAUGAUUGCAUGUUAUAUUGGAAGGAGGAUAACUUACUUGAUUCUUGUAAAGUUUGUGGUGAAUCUAGAUGGAAAGUUGAUAAACGUAACGGGGAAGCAAAGAACAAAAAAGGUAAAAAGAUUGCAUCAAAGAUUUUACGCUAUUUUCCAUUAAAACCUAGGCUUCAAAGGUUAUUUAUGUCUUCAAAGACAUCUUCUCUAAUGACAUGGCAUCAUGGCGAAAGAGUUGAUGAUGGAAUAAUGAGGCACCCAGCUGAUUCAAUGGCAUGGAAAUCAUUUGAUGAACUUCAUCCUUCAUUUGCAGCCGAGCCUCGUAAUGUUCUACUUGGACUUGCGAGUGAUGGUUUUCAACCAUUUCGGAAUGCAAAAACCUCAUAUAGCAUUUGGCCGGUGGUACUUAUUCCUUAUAACUUACCACCUUGGUUGUGUAUGAAACAAGAAAAUUUUAUCAUGUCCAUGCUUAUUCCUGGUCCAGAUAGUCCAGGUGAUGCAAUUGACACAUAUCUUCAACCUUUAGUAGAAGAAUUGAAGGAGCUAUGGAAUAUUGGUAUUGAGACCUUUGAUGCAUCAACCAAACAGAAUUUUAAGCUAUAUGCUUCUUUGUUAUGGACCAUCAAUGACUUUCCAGCAUAUGGAAAUUUAUCUGGAUGGAGUACCAAAGGAAAAUUGGCAUGCCCAUGUUGCAACAAAGAUACUUCCUCAAUCAGAUUGACCAAUUGUAAGAAAGAAAGUUUUAUGGGUCAUCGUCGUUAUCUUCCUCGUAAUCACAAAUGGAGGAAUGAUAAGAAGUCCUUUGAUGGUACAGAAGAGAAGAGGCUCCCACCGAAAAAAACGUUUUGGUAUUGA